AUGAAUGCUAAAAAAUCCUCUGCACAGAAGAGAAAACUCUCCGAAGCAACAACAACAUCGACAACAAAUGAGGCCUCUUCAUCAUCGGGUGAUCUUAUUGAAAAUCAAGCAAAACAAUUAAAAACCUCAUCGGAAGAAACACUCACAGGUAUUGCAUCUGAAAGAAGAUAUUUUGUUGAAUUUGUGAGUGGAAUUGAUGAUGAAAAGUCUGGUACUACAGUUGAAAUUGAUGCUAACAUGUCUAAACUUCAAUUAAAUCAACUUUUGAAUAGUAACCUCUUUCUUGAUAAUACAGAAGAAUUACCAUAUUCCUUCUCUGUGAAUGGUGAAGAAAUUCAAGCAAGUGUUAGAGAUACUUUAAUGGCAACACUUACAGAACAAUUGAAUUCUAAAAAUCAACUUGCUUUGAAAAAGAGACAAGAUUUAUUUGAUUUUGCAUCAACACAAGAUGCUCCUUUAAAGAUUGUCUAUCAUCCUCAAGCAUUGUUUAGAGUUAGACCUGUCAGUAGAUGUACUUCAACACUUGAAGGUCACUCUGAAGCUAUUUUAUCUGUUAAUUUCUCUCCAAAUGGUGAACAAUUAGCAACUGGUUCAGGUGAUAAUACUGUUAGAAUUUGGGAUUUGAAUACUGAAACUCCACAACAUACUCUUAAAGGUCACGAAAGUUGGGUUUUAUGUGUUGCUUGGUCUCCAGAUGCUAAAAAACUUGCAAGUGGUAGUAAAGAUUGCAAUAUUAAAAUUUGGUAUGGAGAUAGUGGUAAAAAGUGUGGAAAAGUAUUGAAAGGUCACAAAAAGUGGAUUACUGGUUUGAGUUGGGAACCAUUUUUGAAAAAUACUGCAUGUAAGAGAUUGGCAAGUUGUAGUAAGGAUGGUACAAUUAUUAUUUGGGAUACAGUAAUGACACAAAAGGAAUUUACACUUUCUGGUCACUCAAAAGGUGUUUCUGGAAUUAUGUGGGGUUUGAAUGAUAUUCUGUAUAGUUGUUCUCAGGAUUGUACUAUUAGAUUGUGGAAUACUGAUACUAAACAAUGUGUACAAGUUUUAUCUGGACAUGCUCACUGGGUUAAUACCAUGUCUGUUAGUACUGAAUACUUUUUAAGAAGAGGUGCUUUUGAUCACAAUUGUGAACCUCUCCCAGAAGCUAAAGAAGAAGUUGAUAAGAGAAAGGAAGAUUUAUUGAGCUUGUACAAUAAGACAUUCGGUUCUCAACCAAUUAGAAUAAUAACAGGUUCAGAUGAUAAUACUCUUAUUUUAUGGGAACCUUCAAAGAGUGAUAAACCAAUUGCUAGAUUAACUGGUCACAAGGGAGUUGUCAAUCAAGUUAAAUUUUCACCAGAUGGUAGACUUAUUGCUAGUGCUUCAUUUGAUAAGACAAUCAAAUUGUGGGAUGCCCAAACUGGUAAAUAUUUAUGUAGUAUGAGAGGUCACGUUGGUGCUGUUUAUCAAUGUUGUUGGAGUGGUGACUCUAGAUUAUUACUUUCUGCUAGUAAGGAUUCGACUGCUAAGGUGUGGGAUGUUCAAAAACGUCAACUUCUCAAUGAUAUGCCUGGUCACUACGAUGAAGUUUUUGCUGUCGAUUGGUCUCCUGGUGGUGAUAAAGCUGCCUCUGGUGGUAAGGACAGAAUGUUGAAGAUUUGGAGACAUUAAGUUUAAAGUUGAAAUAUUAUAUUGGAAUGUUGAACUAUUUGUGCAAUGCUUUAAAAUUUUGAUCUGUGGCAUUUUCAUCAAUAACUGAGUUUCGAAUAAGAUUACGAGUCAUUUAUAAAUAUUAAAAUUUAUUUC